AUGGAUUCUGACGACUCUUUGAAUCCAUAUCUUCCCUCCUCUAGCUAUAUGAACCUCUUACACAGCCAACUUGAUAACCAAAACCUUGAAUACACUCCUCUUGAUAGUCCAUGUUCUGAAACUCCAUCUGAACCUGCAUCCCCUCAAGAAAACCGUAAGUCAAGGAAUGCAUGGUUACCAACAGAUGAUAUCAUGUUGGUCAGUGCUUGGCUUAAUACUAGCAAAGAUCCGAUUACUUCCAACCAGCAAAGACUUGCAUCCUUUUGGGGGAGGAUUGCAAAAUACUUUGCAUCCUGUCCGAAUGCUGAUGGUCGGCCAAAGAGAGAGGCGAGUCACUGUACUGGAGUGAAAAGGGGAAGAGUGAGUAUUGAUGGGUCUGAACAGGAUGCACACCAUCCGAUUGAUGUGGAUGAACCAUUGCCCCGUCCUACUGGUGUUAAGGCUGCCAAGGGGAGGUCCAAAAAAAGCUCAAACACCCAACCUAUUGAUGUGGAGGAAGAUGGAAAAGCUAACUUGGAGGUUCAGUUGGAGCGUGUCUCUAGGAUGUAUGAGAUGAAGCAGAAGGACUUUGAAUUGAAAGAGAAGGAGUUUGCUAUGAAGAAGGAGAAUAUCAAGUAUGUGAUGCUUGAAAAUCUGAUUUCUAAAAAGGAUACACUAACUGAAUCAGAAAAAGCUCUCAAGGAAAAGCUAAUUGAUGACAUGAUGUCAUCAGGUUGA